GUUUCAGCCUCAGGCUUCAUCAGCAUUCACAUCGCGGUUCUGCAACAGAUAAGAUCAGACAGACAGAGUAGCAUAAGGUAGAAACGCUGCUUUCAAAGGCGCACUGAAACCUCUCAGAGUUUUAGUAUAACAAAAAUGGCGGCGUACUCGGCAGCAGCUCUGUCAUGGAGCUCAUCUUCGUUGCUUGGAAAUUACAAGCUAAGCAAGAACGCACCACUUGGAACUGCAAAACUGGUAGAGAGGACCUCAAAUUUCACUAUUGAGUGCCAAAAGAAAACCAAGAAAAUAAGAAAGAUAAUACUGAAAGAGGAUGUGCAAGACUUGGGGAAGAAAGGGCAACUUACGAGUGUGAGAGCAGGGUACUACAGGAAUUUCCUGCUGCCAAUGGGCAUGGCUCAAAUUGUCACCCCUCAGCUUCUCAAAGAAAUGAAGAUUGAAGAAGAGAGAAUCGAGGCUGAGAAAAAACGGGUGAAAGAAGAAGCACAACAACUUGCUCUAAUUUUUGAAACUGUUGGAGGCUUCAAGGUGAAACGCAAGGGCGGGAAAGGAAAACAAAUAUUUGGAAGUGUCACUGCCCAGGAUCUUGUUGACAUAAUCAAGGCACAGCUACAGAGGGAAGUGGACAAAAGAAUAGUAUCUCUGCCCGAGAUUCGUGAAACUGGAGCAUAUACUGCUGAACUGAAGCUUCAUCCAGAAGUUACUGCGCGAGUUCAAGUGAUCGUGUCUGCAAAUUGAAGGGCAGAGACUUGCUGGAGCGGUUUAUACUAAUUUAUGGAUUUUCUUCUUGCACUGUUUUGUCAAGGGAAGGAGGAGACUUCAUGGCUAAAUAUGAGGUUAAGCUACCUUAAAGUAAGUGUUUUUAAUUUGUAAUUGUAAAAGAAUUAACUGAUUUUUAUGAAUUUGCAUCAUUUGGUGCUUUGUAUCAAUGUGUUUAUUACAAUCUUAUGUUAAAUUAAAAAUAUUGAUUUCUAGUA